GGCCCUCCCUUACGCCUGCGUCAGGAGCAGCUUCCGCGUCUCCACGGCGGCCGGGGCGGCUUUGACCUUCGCUUAGCGGUGGGAGGAGCGGACCCGAGCUUGAUUCCCACCCCGCGAUGGGGGUGUCUGCAGCUGAGCACGGCCUGGUGAACUCGCGGGUGACGUCCAGGGCAGCCUUUAUGAACUUCGCACGGGGAACUUGCUAAUACAGGUUUCUCUGUUACGGUGCCAUUUUCGGAAUGGCUUCCUUUGGAUGGAAGAGGAAAAUUGGUGAGAAGGUCUCAAAGGUGACUUCCCAGCAGUUUGAAGCUGAAGCUGCCGAUGAGAAGGAUAUAGUUGAGAAUGAAGAAGGGAACUGGCUUCAUGCCAUUAAACGAAGGAAAGAAAUGCUUUCUGAGGGCUGUGCUGAGAAGAGUAAGCAGCUGAAGGAUGAAGGAGCCAGUUUGGCUGAAAAUAAAAGAUAUCGAGAGGCAAUUCAAAAAUGGGAUGAAGCACUGCAGUUAACCCCAGAUGAUGCCACCCUGUAUGAAAUGAAAUCACAGGUCCUAAUGUCUCUUCAUGAAAUGUUCCCAGCAGUACAUGCAGCUGAAAUGGCUGUCCAGAGAAAUCCACAUUCAUGGGAGUCUUGGCAAACUUUGGGACGUGCUCAGCUUGGAUUAGGAGAGAUAGUCCUGGCAAUUCGAAGUUUUCAGGUCGCCCUUCACAUCUAUCCAAUGAACCCUGAAAUAUGGAAAGAAGACCUUUCUUGGGCAAGAACGCUCCAGGAGCAGCAGAAGGUUGCACAGAAGAUUAAAAAGUGUGACGCAUCAGUGGAAGUAACCCAUUUCUCACCAAAGUCAAUUCCUGACUAUGACUUUGAAAGUGAUGAGAUUGUUGCCGUUUGUGCGGCGAUUGCUGAGAAACAGAAGAUGGUUCCAGCAAAUAAAACAAUGGUUAUUGUGUCGGCUUCUGGGACUGUAGAGACAGUCACUGAGAAGGAAGAUGGGGCUACACCACCAGAUGGCUCUGUUUUUAUCAAAGCCCGAUGAAGUAGCGGGAAUCCUUUGAAUCUGUCUUUUUGAUUACCACUUAAAAUUUUAGGUGUAGGGACAUUAACUGUGGAGGAACAGAGCAAAACUCCUGUUUAUAAAAUGAGUUUUGCAGAUGAGGCAUAUAAAAACCAAAUGGUAGAAUUACGGUAUAGUGUUUGGACUACGCUUUGAUAAGUUAUGAUUUAAAUUUCUUAAGAUUAGAAUUCCGAGUACAGUGGCUUUUGAUUCAUAAACUUAAUUUAAUCCCAAAAUAUAAAUGAGUGCAUUUUAAAGACACAACUUGAAAAGUGAAUUCUUUGAUAGUGAAUCACUUGAUGGCCAGUGUCAUAAAAAUGCUGACUUGUUGAUUUUGUUCCGUGAUAAAGGAAGUCAGUGAUUUCUUUUCCUUCUUUUAGAAAUAUACUGCUCUUGCUAUUCACUCUUCUGUUUUUCUGGUUGCAUUAGAGUAGGUCUGUCACAAAGCUCUAAUAUUUUUGACAUUCAGUUUGAUUCAAAGUUGUCAUUUGGUUAUAUGUGGAAUCUUUGAAAGUUUGGCUGAAAAUGCAUGCAAAUAUCUACAUUCUAAACAUUUUCCCAAGUUUCUCUUAAUUCUGAUUUGAGCUUUUAUUUUGGCUUUAAGAUUAUUAUGACAUAGUAUUUGCCUCCUUCAGUAUUAGAUAUGUGAAAUACUGAUACAUGUCAGAAUGAUGGUUUUAUUUUUUUAGUUGUUGAAGUGGAUAGUGUUCCUUUUCACAGGUGGGUCUUAUUUCAGAUGUGCAUUUUUAAAAAAAUGAAUGGUUUUUAUAGAUGUGUCAUAACAAAUUGUCCUACUGCAUUGUCCCAGUCAAAAGCAAUAUUUUCUUCUUAUUUUUAAAAGCUUGAAGAUUUGGAAAAUAAUUUAUCUUUUGCUUAUAACUUUCCAGCUGAUGGUUUGGAAGUCCUUUUCUAGAUAACUUUUUUGGAACUACUCAAUUAAAUUACAAUUACAAUUUUAAAUAACAGAUUAUAUCUUUCUAAAAAUAAAAAAGUAAGGCUGUUAAUGAGUGCCAGUGAAUGAAUAAUUUAGGCACAACAUACAUAGAAACUGAAACAUGACUGUGGUACAAUACGUGAGUAGAGAAGGCUAUAUUUAAAGAAAUAUUUCAUUGAAAGGCCACAGUCAUAUUCACAAAUCAAAACCGCCAUUGUUAAUGUGAAUUAUUAUUUUUAUAUUACAUAUAUUGUAGUGCAAUUAUAUAGACUACUGGGUACUAUUACUUCUGACACUCAGGAAGGUAUUAUUGCUAUAAAAUUAAUUUUAUCCUUGUUAGAAAUGAAAGUAAGCUAUUUUGUUUUAAAGAAUCUUACCCUGUUGAAGCAUGUGUGUUAAUGGUCAUUUUUCUGAGAUGAUUUUUUUUUCCUUUUUAAAUUUUUAUUUGAAUUCUAGUUAGUUGACAUAUAGUGUGAUACUGGUUUCAGGAGUAGAAGUCAGUGAUUCAUCACUUCCAUACAACACCCAGUGCUCAUCAUAACAAGUGCCCUCCUUAAUGCCCAUCACCCAUCUAGUCCAUCUCCCACCCUCUGAGAUGAUUUAAAAAGUUUUUCCUUUAGUGGAAUGCUUACCUCUUUUUUUUCAGAGUAUUGUAUUUUUCCCCCAAAGUUACAUUGCAAAGUUAGCUCUGGUUAGAGAGGUUAGUUUUAGACGAAUCCAAAGAACAAAUACUAAUUACAUUUUAUUUCAUUUAAUAAAAGAUAUUCUCCCAGGGUAGAUACUUGGGCAUCUACAGAAGUGAGCAUUCACCCUUUGGUAUGCUGUUUUGAGUAUUGGGCUUUUGUUUAUCAUGUAAUUUGUAAAUAAAUAGUUUUUUCCUUCAUUUUAAAGAUUUGCCUCUUUGUGUUGUUAGCUUUUGAAAAAUUAGGUUGAUUUGUUUAAUUUCUUUGUUAUGUGGGAAUAAAAUAUGUAAAACACCUUGGAUGGAGUCUUGCAUAGGAUGUCCUCAGUAAAUGUUAGCUAUUUCUGUGAAGAACUUGACUUAGUUUGGAGAUAUUUAACCUGUUUCUUCUGAGUUUAAGAAAAUAGGAGAAUUUUGUAAUCUUUAUCUGAAAGUGAAGAGUCACUACUUUUGAUAUUUUAGAACAGAUGGUUAUCAGUUGGGGUUAUUCUUGUCAUAAAGUCAGUCCUAAAAGAGGCAAGACCCAGGAUGGAGGACCUGUAGCUACGAUUCUGUUAAAGAACCUAGUCUUUUCCUGUAUUCCUAUCAGUGGGACAGAUUUGUCUUUUCCUUACUCAGAUAUAAGACAUAAAUUGGAAGACAUAAAAUGGAGGGAAAAGGAAUAAUGAAUUAUGAAGAACGAAAGCAGCUCAUUUAUUCAUGCCCCAGAAGAUGCUCACCUAACACUCUUCUGUGCAUGAAGACACGAAUGCACAUAUCAUUUUCUAAGAUGUGAAUACUUAUACAUAGACAUUUGCUAAGCUUGUUAACUGCAAUAGCAAACACUUCUAAAUCUGAAAAAUAGUUGAUGUUUAUAAUAAUAAUACAAUUAAAGAUGUUUAAUAUAUUCUCUGAAAUAACAUUAAAUACUAUAUUGAAUAUAAUUUGUAUUAUUCUUAUUUGAAAAUUGUAUGGGAUAGACACUCGUUAGUCAGAACACCACACAUCCAGAUCAUGCCUGAUAAUUUGAGAAUUCAUAUAUUAUUCUCUAGACAAUAGGUUUUUAGAUUAUAACGUAUUUAUCUUAAAUAUGCUAACAAAUGCUACACAAACAUUGAAAAGCAUCUAAGUCGUGAACCCAGAAUCACUGCAGUUGGGGCCUUUUAUAGGUACACACUUUUAUAGUAGUAGUCUUAGUGUAAAGAGGUUUUAAAUUGAUGUUCUAUGACAAAACUGUAGUGAAGAUUUAAGUAAAAAAGUUUUGUCUGAGAAAGCUAGAGUUCCUAUGAUUAUAACUGACCACUAUAGCCUCUUGAGUUUGAAAAUUAUGCUUUAUGUAAUGAUGUCAAAAGUUUGUUUUACUGCCUUUCCCAGCAGUAAGAAAAUUCUUUUUUUUUUUUUUUUUCCAGACUUCGUGAGUCCGUAGCCUUUCUAAAUUGACUCUGGACCAGCCAUCCUGGAGCUUUGAUUCCAUGACAUACAUGUAUCUACAUGAGUUGUGAGUUGACACAGGAACCAUAGUACCAUAACUAUCUUUGAAUUAAUUAGUAUACUCAAUGGGUUUUUUUCUGAGAGAUUUAUAUUAAGCCAAUGGUGUGAAACUGAUGACAUUUUAGGAUUGAGAAAGUAAGGGUUUGUUUUUUUUUAAUCAAUAAUAAAGUACAGAAAUUUGU